GCGGGUGGGGAAACGCCGCAAAACCCGCCAGGAGGCACCUCCGACCCUAAACCCUCAGAUCCCGCCUCCCCGCCGCCGACCGGUUGCUAAGUGACGCCAGCGCGCAGAGGCGCGUGCGCGGCCACGGCGGUGUGCGUGAGGGCGGACGCGCGCCGCGGCGGCGGCGGCGGCUGCGGCGGCGAGGACGGCGGCGACGACGGCGGCCGAGGGGGCGGUGGCUACAAGGGGCGUGCGGAGCAGGCGGAAGAGGCGUCCGCACGGGCGGCUAGGUCGCAGAGGAUCAUCGUUGGGAUCAACGACUAUCACCUGUUCUACAAGAUGAGUAACAGCCACCCUCUUCGCCCCUUUACUGCAGUGGGGGAAAUUGAUCACGUGCACAUUUUGUCUGAACAUAUUGGUGCCUUGCUGAUUGGGGAAGAAUAUGGCGACGUCACAUUCGUUGUGGAAAAGAAACGUUUUCCUGCCCACAGGGUAAUUUUAGCAGCGAGGUGCCAAUAUUUUCGAGCAUUACUGUAUGGUGGGAUGCGAGAAUCUCAGCCCGAAGCAGAAAUCCCUCUCCAAGACACCACCGCAGAAGCAUUCACCAUGCUGCUUAAAUACAUCUACACUGGGCGGGCAACACUGACAGAUGAGAAGGAGGAGGUGUUGCUGGACUUUCUGAGCCUGGCUCAUAAAUAUGGAUUUCCAGAGCUGGAGGAUUCUACCUCUGAGUAUCUCUGCACCAUACUUAACAUUCAGAAUGUCUGCAUGACUUUUGAUGUUGCCAGCCUCUACUCACUUCCCAAGUUAACUUGCAUGUGCUGCAUGUUUAUGGACAGAAAUGCUCAGGAGGUGCUCUCCAGUGAAGGCUUCCUCUCCCUUUCUAAGACAGCACUUUUAAACAUCGUAUUAAGAGAUUCAUUUGCCGCUCCCGAGAAAGAUAUUUUCCUAGCCUUGUUAAAUUGGUGUAAGCACAAUUCAAAGGAGAAUCAUGCUGAAAUCAUGCAGGCUGUGCGUUUGCCUCUGAUGAGCCUCACUGAACUUCUGAACGUUGUGAGGCCUUCAGGACUGUUGUCUCCCGAUGCCAUUCUGGAUGCUAUUAAAGUUCGAUCAGAGAGCCGGGAUAUGGACCUCAAUUACAGAGGCAUGCUCAUCCCAGAAGAAAAUAUUGCAACCAUGAAGUAUGGAGCCCAGGUUGUAAAAGGGGAGCUGAAGUCUGCCUUAUUAGAUGGCGAUACUCAAAACUACGAUUUGGAUCAUGGAUUUUCCAGGCACCCAAUUGAUGAUGACUGCCGUUCUGGCAUUGAGAUUAAGCUAGGUCAACCAUCUAUCAUCAAUCACAUACGGAUACUCCUGUGGGACCGAGAUAGCCGGUCUUACUCAUACUUCAUUGAAGUGUCAAUGGAUGAACUUGAUUGGAUUAGAGUGAUUGACCAUUCGCAGUAUCUAUGUCGUUCUUGGCAAAAGUUGUAUUUUCCAGCCCGUGUCUGCAGGUAUAUUCGAAUAGUUGGGACUCACAACACAGUGAACAAGAUUUUUCACAUUGUGGCUUUUGAAUGUAUGUUCACAAACAAAACCUUCACUCUUGAGAAGGGGCUGAUAGUUCCCAUGGAGAACGUUGCAACAAUUGCGGAUUGCGCCAGUGUGAUUGAAGGAGUCAGUCGGAGCCGAAAUGCCUUGCUGAAUGGCGACACCAAGAAUUACGACUGGGAUUCCGGCUAUACGUGUCACCAGCUAGGAAGUGGUGCGAUUGUGGUUCAGCUGGCACAGCCGUACAUGAUCGGGUCAAUACGGUUAUUACUUUGGGACUGUGAUGAUCGAAGCUACAGCUACUACGUUGAGGUCUCCACCAACCAGCAACAGUGGACCAUGGUGGCCGACAGAACGAAAGUCUCCUGCAAGUCCUGGCAGUCUGUAACUUUUGAGAGACAGCCCGCCUCCUUCAUCCGAAUCGUGGGAACACACAACACAGCAAAUGAGGUGUUCCACUGCGUCCACUUUGAAUGUCCGGAGCAGCAGAGCAGCCAGAAGGAGGAAAGCAGCGAGGAGUCAGGGCCUGGGGAGCCCAGCCUGGCGGGUCCGCAGCUCGACCCCCACGCCCUGCAGGCCCCCGGGGGCAGCUCCCUGCCUUCCAGCCCCCGCUCUGCCUCUCGCUCGCCCAACCGGCAACACCAGUAAAGGGGGCACGGACAUGGAGGCAUGUGGUGGGCCCUGAGGGCAGGGGCCAGGACUGGCAUCCUCCCGGGAGGGAUCUCUGUCGCCAGGCCCUCUCCCCUCCUGGGAGGAGCAGACGGCGCUGGCAAAACAGACACAGGACAGGCUUUCUCCCAAGGACAGAAAGGGGCCACUUUGUUCUCCUCUCAAUUUGUUCAAAUCAGGCUGGUCUCCAGGGGGAGAAAAUGGGUCUUCAAUCUUCAUCAAGUCCACCAUUAACACCCUACCUCUCUAAUCUAACCCGGGCAAAGAGGCCGCGGUGGACGGGCCGGUGUCGGAAUGCUGCGACGGCACCAAGCUCAGGAGAACGCAUCAGGCCUUUAUUACCUCCGGGCACCCUUUAGGAAGUGGGUUUCCGUAGAGUGUUUACUCUUCUGGAACACAUUGCCCUGGCAACUAAAUGAUUUUUUCUUUCUUUUAGUUAUUGUCCAUUUGCUGAAUCAUAGGUGUUCCAGAUCUUUUUGAAAUGCUCAAACAGCAAAUCACUUGUUUUAUUCCCUUUUGAUGCUAUAAUUUUCCUUCUUUAGUUUUGAACGGUUAGGCCUGGGGUGGAGCGGAGAAAGGCUGUGCACAGCUCCUGAAUGAGGCACAGAUGCAGCUCGUCAUGGCACCGGGGCUGACAAGGAAAAUCUUCUGAGGAAGUUCAAAAAAAUACACAAUGAGCAAAUCAAUCCGA